CUACAUAUACCAACACACAUUUACGCGCGCGGGCACAUAAUAGCUAGCCUACGCUGCGGCGGACACUGCUUCGGCCCGACCGAGUACACUAUCUGCUAGGCCCUCAUCAUUAGCCUUGACGAGAUGAUUUAGAUGUCGACGGAAAGAAUUAAUUCGCCGACGUCAAACCGUGUGUAAGUGUGUUAGUACGCGGAGAGACGAGUUACGAAGAGCUCCGUUUCAUUUACAUAAGGUUACGCGCGCUAAUAAACAUACAGUACUCGAGGUUGUCGAGCGCCAAUUUUCGUCGAAUUAAAAAAAAAAAAAAAUAAAUAUAUCAAUGCGAGCUCACGAGCAUCGUCGCUCCGAGUUGAGAGAUUUCGUUUGGCGAUACGAGAAUGCACGUAAAAAUAGAAUACGUAUAUGUACUCGUGGAAACUUUCAGUGAUCGCUUAUGGAAUUGACCUGUAGAACGCUGACGAGUAUACGGUACAAAUAGUUUGAUCCGCACUAGCUUUUAUUUCUAUCGUCGACGAUGAGGCAGUCGAUUCGUUUCAAAAUCGUCUACUACUGGGCCAAAUUUUUCGGCCUGUGUCCCUUCACGAUCACCACCACCGCCCAGGAGCAGUCGAGGAUCAACCUGAAAUUCUCCGUGCUGGGCUCGCUCUACAAUCUCGCGCUCAUGUCCGCCUACACGUACUGCUACGGCAUCGUCAUCGUCUAUCGUUUCGAGCUCAAGCUGCCGCGCGAGUCGACCCUCAUCAUCGCCGUGGACGCCCUGGGCCUCACCUUCCAGUACUUCGCGAUCAUGGUCUGCUGGACUACACUCGUCUUCCGCGUCGAGUAUAUCGACGACCUGCUCCGGCGACUCGGCGCGAUCGACGACUCGGUGUCACGGGCGCCGCUGGACUUGGCCGGCUAUCCCGACGGCGGCGGCGGCGGCGGCGGCGACGGGCGGCAAAAGUUCUACAUCGUUCUGCGAUUUGGCCUGGUGAACGUCAUGUACGCCUCGCUGUUCAUGUCCGAUUACCUGUCGAUGUCGCUCUAUCGGAAGUUUCGCGAGCAAGCCGACGCCUGGUUCUGGUACAAUUUUCCCAAAUUCAUCAUCUACAUCGUCUACCUGGUCUUCGUCGAGUCCAUCAUCGCUCUGAGGCACUAUUACACCGUGCUGAAUCGCGAGCUCGCGCGUCUGUUCGAUAACGACGACGAGUACGGCGGCUUUUAUCAUCGGAACUCGGAGCUGCGACUCGACGCCGUGGCUCGCGCCCACGACGAUCUGACCGACGGCUUGGCCCGACUGACCGAUCUCUUCGGCCUGUUCAUACUGUUCGCGCUGCUGGCCGUGUUCAUUCACGGCGUGGCCGACGUCUACUACGUCUUUCAGAUUCUCAAGUUCGGCGACCUCGAGAACAACAGCGACGUCAACUCGUACGUCCUGAGCUUGCUGUGGAUCUGCUCCAAGCUGCUCGGGAUCUAUUUCAUUUGCACGCUGCCGGACACACUCUGUAGAGAAGUAAGGUUCUCGAUUGAAAUGCUCGACGUUAGACGUGGCCUGUCAAAAAAAAAAUUACUAUUCAAAAAGUUUUGAAGUAAUUUACAAUGAAUCGGCUUAUUUUGAAAGGUUUUUCUGUUACAAUUUUACUGUUUCAAAAAUUUAGACCAUUUUAACCCAUUUUAAAUACAAUACUGCCGCUUUAAACCUCCACCGCUAGAUGGCGAGUACCUUCAUCUGCAAACCUGCAAGUGGUAACGUUAAAAUAAUUGUAUAAGUAAGAGCAAGUGGUCGAAAAAAUUCAAAGACAUUUCGUUAAUGAUAU